AUCAGCCCCUCCCCCAUCCCACCAACACCGUCCCCAACCUCCAGCCCUGUACAAGAGCUGCUCAACACCACCCCGUCGUAUCCCUUCAACCAACGUUGUGCCCUCAUCACUCCAGCCCUGCCCCACCCCAUCAGCCUAGCCACGCCCCACCCCACGAGCCCCUGCCCCAUCCCCAGCAACCCUGCCCCACACCACUGGACCUGCCUCAUCCCCAUUAGCCUUGCCCCACACCACUGAACCUGCCCCAGCCCUCAGCCCCCAAACCCAAUCGGCAGUCCCCAAUCCUUGCCCCCAAAAGUUAUCCCACAACCUCCUCCAGUAACCAUAGCUUCCAGCCCAUUUUCGCCGACCUGGGACCAAAUCGCACGUCGUCAGACCGAAAUUACCCUAGCUAUCACAGAUCCGAACAUUUAGGGAGAGGACGGCGGUGACGGAAACGAUGUGUCGACACCAUCUGUGAAGGGAAACAGAGCUCACAGGCGGAAAAGGUGAGGUGACAGGAUGGGGGGCAGCAAAGCUUGAGGUGGUGGCUUCGUCCACAGUGGCAACAAAGCUCACAAGGGGCGGAAGCGAAGUGAUGAGAUGGCAUCAAAGGGAAACGUAGAUGAGAUGUUAACUCACUUUUUUGUCAAAGUUUAAAAGUUGUCAGGUCCUUCAAAACCUUGAGAGUAAUAUUCUUGCCAUUGUUUGGAAAAUCAAUGCUUAAUUCUAUUUGAGAAAUUUUGAAAGUGUAGUCUUAUUUGUGCUUUUAGGAGUCCUACAAUUUCUUUGUAAUUUUUAUUAGCUUUCGCUGCCGGCUUUAGGAGUGAUAGCUGGAGUUUUUUUUUGAAUUAAUGCUAAUUAAUUAAUUAAUUACAGAGUUUUACGGAUCUAUUGUUGGGUUUAACCGUGGUAGGGGUAAGUCGCCAAACGGUUUGGCGACUUAUAAGUCGCCCAACGGUUGGGCGACUUACCUUUUAAACAUACGUCGGGUUCGGACAGAACGCAACAUUUCCCCCAAAUCCCCAAAACUCCCAAACCCUCUACAGCUCCCCUGACUCCGACGAAGUGCAGUGACCCACCUCCCCCCGACUCCGGCGAAGGUUAAUCUCCGGCGAGCGACGACAAGGCCUCCAUAUCUUGUCAAUACUACGACGGAUAGGCGUGGGAAGCAUUCGGAGGAUUGGGCACUCAGACAUGUCCGAUACGUCACUAUGUGGGACAGGCGAGCUGAGCUAGUUGUGACAGGGACACCGACAUUUGUCCCAUCUGUUUCAGGAGACUACAUGAGAUGGUAUUACAACAUCACUCGUUUGUUUGUGUCUCCUUCGUUCAGACUCCCUACUCAUCAUUAUCAGCCUAGCUCCUUGGAUUUGCAUCUUACGACAAGAGCUUUGCAGCGUAUAUAUCAGCGGGCUACUGCCACAGUGAGUGAUACUCAUGAUGUGGACAUGUAUGAACAGACUCUGACAGGCAUUGCCUCCUUGUGUUCAGAUGUGUUGGGGCGAGUCGACUACGGCCAUCUUAUGCACAUGCCCCUAUCUAAGGAGAUGGCAUCGACGUCUAGUGCAGCGACGACUUCAUCAUCCCAGACGCAACAUGAGAGAGUGGUUCUUUAACCACGACCACGGCGUAGGCGUAGACAUCAGUAGCAACAUCUCCAUGACCAAGAUGAUCAAGAUGACCACGAGAACUUGUAGUCUGCCUUUUGUAUUGCAGUUUUUCU